AUGUCCAUCCUCCCUGCUCUUCUCUGCCUCGGGCUGAGUCUGUGUCAGAAAACCCGCGUAAAGGAUGGGAACCUCCCCAAACCCACCAUCUGGGCUGACCCGGGUCCUGUGAUAUCUGUGAGAAGCUCUGUGACCAUCUGGUGUCGGGGGACCCUGAGGGCUCAGGAGUACUGUCUGUAUACAGAAGACAUGGAUACGCCCUUGGACAGACAGAAACCGCUGGAGCCCAAGGACAGGGCCAGGUUCUUCAGGGAGGUCCCCAGGGCAGGGAGAUUUUUAUGUAAAUACCGCAGCCCCACUGGCUGGUCACAGCACAGUGACCCCCUGGAGCUGGUGGUGACAGGGGUCUACAGCAAACCCAGCCUCUCGGCCCUGCCCAGCCCUGUCGUGACCUCAGGAGGGAACGUGACCCUCCAGUGUGGCUCAUGGAAGGAAUUUGACAGGUUCAUUCUGACGAAGGAAGGAGAACGCAGAUCCCCCUGGACCCUGGACUCACAGCGACACCCCAGUGGGCAUUCCCAGGCCCUGUUCCCUGUGGGCCCCGUGACCCCCAGUGACAGGUGGAGGCUCAGGUGCUAUGGCUAUUUUAGGAGGCACCCUCUGGAGCGGUCUCACCCCAGUGACACCCUGGAGCUUGUGGUCUCAGGAGGCUCAGGGAAGCCCUCCCUCCUGACCCAGCAGGGCCCCAUCGUGGCCGCUGGACAGAACCUGACCCUCCAGUGCCGCUCGGACCUCGGCUAUGACAGGUUCGCUCUCUCCAAGGAGGGGGCACAGGACCCCCCCCAGAGCACUGCCCUGCAGCCCCGGGCGGGGCUCUCUCAGGCCGACUUCCCCCUGGACACGGUGCGCGGCUCCCACGGGGGCCGGUACAGGUGCUACGGGGGACACAGCGUCUCCUCCGAGUGGUCGGCCCCCAGUGACCCCCUGGACGUCCUGGUGGCAGGAUGGCUCCCUGACAGACCCACCCUCUCGGUGCAGCCGGGCCCCAGGGUGACCUCAGGAGAGAAGGUGACCCUGCUGUGUCAGUCACGGAGCCCGAGGGACAGCUUCCUUCUGACCAAGGAGGGGGUGGCCGAUCCCCCCCUGCGGCUCAGAUCACAGCCCCGAGCUCAGCAGCACCAGGCAGAGUUCUCCAUGGGGCCCGUGACCUCCGUCCAUGGGGGCACCUACAGGUGCUACAGCGUUAGCCUAAGCAGCCCCUACCUGCUGUCGCAGCCCAGUGACGCCCUGGAGCUCGUGGUCUCAGAUCAAGGUCACAAAUGGUACUGGAAGGUGCUGAUCGGGGUCUUGGUGACCCUCAUCCUGCUACUCGCCCUCCUCCUCUUCCUCUUCUUCCAACACCAGACUCAGAGCAAAGGCAGGACGUCGGGUGAGUAGGGGACGGGGUGACCUGGGCCACAGGAGAGAGGGGCUCAGACAUCCUCCAGCUCAGUGGCUGACGCCCAGGAAGAGCCCCUCUAUGCUGCCAUGAAGGUCCCACAGGCUGGGGAGGGCGUGGAGCUGGACCCUCGGCAGAACAGGCCCCGUGACGACCCCCAGGGAGUGACAUAUGCCCAGGUGAACCGCUCAAGAUCAAGGCUCAGGCAGGGAAUGGCCUCCUCUCCUUCUUCGUCGUGGAGAUUGUGGGACAAGAAGUGCAGACAAGCAGAAGGGGACAGACAGAUGGAUAGUCAGGUGGGUCCCACCCUCUCCAGCCCCCAGGACGUGACCUACGCCCAGCUGACCCACCUGACCCUCAGACGGGAGACAGGUGCACCCCCGUCAGAGGAGCCCCCGGCUGAGCCCAGCGUGUACGCUGCUCUGGCCGUCCACUAG